AUGGUCCGAAGUGUGACGAUGUUUCACUUUUACCAAAUAUCGCAGAUUUUUAUUGGUAUCCUGGGAAAUUCAGUAAUGUUCAUUUUUUACUCUUAUAAAUAUUUCAUUCAGAGUCCCCGGAGGAAGCCCAUAGACUUAAUAUUCAUGCACCUGAUGCUGGUGAACACUGUCAGCAUGUUCAAGCUCAUCCCAGAAGUCAUGCCCUUUUUUGGUAUCAGUCAGUUCCUGGAUGACCUUGGCUGUAAGUUGACUGUGUACACUUUCCGGGUCAUCCGGGGUCUUCCCAUCUGUACCACCACACUCCUGACUUUUUUCCAAGCUGUCACCAUCAGUCCCAGCCAUUCCAAGUGGGCUUGGCUUAAAUUGAGAAUUUCAGGUUGCAUCUUCCCUUCGCUGUUAUGCUUUUGGCUCAUCAACGUUGUUACCUACAGCCACAUCAUCAGGGUCAUAGGGGCGACCAGUUCUAAUGGCUCCAUAUUUAGUGUCAGGUAUUAUCAACUAAACUGCCAGCCGAUUUCUUUUGAUUUCUCAAGCUCCCAGCUGAUUCUGAGUGGGAUGGUGAUCCAGGAAUUGGUCUUUGUAGUGCUCAUGGUUGGGUUCAGCCUCUACAUGGUGGUUCUUCUCUAUAGACACCACCAGAGGGUCCGGCACUUGCUCAGCACUCAUCUGCCUUCUUCAUCCUCUCCAGAGUUCAGAGCCACUCAGAAUAUUAUCAUGCUGGUCAGCUGCUUUAUCGUCUUCUAUUUUCUGAAUAACUUCCUAACCUUCUAUAUGUUUUUGAACCCUGAGAAAAUGGUUGAACUGGAUCAUAUUAAUGGGGUCCUCUCCUCAGGCUACCCUACCCUCUGCCCUAUUAUACUGCUGCAGAACACUAAGAUUCCUUUCCUGUUUCACCAUCCAGUGUCCAUGGUGAAAGCUGACUUUGGGUUUAAGACAAGGAGCAGCAGGCAGGAAUGA